AUUUAGGUCAGUCGACUUCUUUUGCUCUUACUCACAUCAGUCACUCCCAUUGCGGCUAGGGUUUUUCCCUUUUGUUCCUCUUCCAUUUUUAUAUUUUUUUCUUUUAAUUUUAUUUCUACAAAUCUCUUCAUUCUUUCUUUUAUCAUAUUUUCAUGGAGCUCUUGUUUAGAUAGGUUUUGUUGAUCUCCUUUUUUGUUAGCUCUUUUUUGGGUUUUUGGUUUCGAGAUUGUUUCCAAAUGGCGACCCUUAAUCCUUUUGAUUUGUUGGGGGAUGAUGAUGCUGAGGACCCAUCUCAGCUAAUUGCGGCUAAGGUGGCGGCGGUGGCGACGGCCCCGCUGUCUAAGAAAGGCCCUGCUCAGACCAAACCCCUGCCUUCUGGGGCUCAACAGAAUAAGCCUGCUAGUCUUCCUUCCAAACCUCUGCCACCUGCUCAGGCUGUAAGAGAAUCAAGGAAUGAAGGCAGUCGUGGAGGUCGUGGCAGUGGACGAGGUGGAGGACGGGGAUAUGGUUAUGGGCGAGGUCGCGAGGGUGGUGGGUUUAAUCGAGACUCUGCCAACAGUGAGAACAUUAAUGCACCUGAAGAUGGAGUGGGUGGUAAGACAACUGAAAGACGUGGAUAUGGUGGGCCUCGUGGUCGUGGUGGCCGUCGGGGUGGUUUCAAUGAUGGAGAAAAUGCUGAAGGGGAACGCCCUCGUAGAGCAUUUGAACGCCACAGUGGAACUGGCCGUGGAAAUGAAUUUAAACGAGAAGGGUCUGGUCGUGGAAAUUGGGGAAGGUCAACUGACGAAUUUGCUGAGGUAGCAGAGGAAACCGUUAAUGAAACUGAAAAGAAUGUGGGUGACGAGAAGCCUAUUCAAGAGAAUGAUACAUCAGGGGCGAACACAGAUAACCCUGCUAAAGAACCAGAGGAAACCGAACCAGAAGACAAGGAAAUGACUCUGGAGGAGUAUGAAAAGUUGCUUGAGGAUAAAAGAAAGUCCCUUCUAGCUCUAAAAACUGAGGAGAGGAAGGUGGAUCCUAAAGAAUUUGCAUCCAUGCAACAACUUUCAAGCAAGAAGGACAACAACGACAUAUUUAUUAAAUUGGGAUCUGAAAAGGAUAAGCGAAAAGAAAUUGCAGAUAAAGAGGAGAGAACUAAGAAGUCUUUGAGUAUUAAUGAGUUCUUGAGGCCCGCGGAAGGAGAGCGUCACUACACCCCUGGUGGCCGAGGAAGGGGUCGUGGACGUGGUUCAAGGGGAGGAUACAGUGGCAGCUCGAUGAGCAAUAUUGCAGCCCCAUCCAUUGAAGACCCUGGGCAGUUCCCAACCUUAGGUGCGAAGUAAAUUUCGCAAAUAAAUUUUCCCUUACUAAACUGUGUUUUUGAUCUGGGGCAGGAAAUUGACUAGAAUAAUAUAGUCUCUCCUGUAUCAAAAUGAUUUUUAAGUUUAAUUUGUUUAGGUGUAAAUUGUCAAAGUCCUUGUAUUUUCCCUUCUCCAUUUUUCUUUGUGUGUUUUCAACUGUUGUUUCAAGACUGUUUGCCAGAUCAAACUGUUUAUUUAUGAACUUCCUUUUUCCCCA